UAUCAGUCUACAACACAGUUUAUUAGCGCAUAAACAAAUUAUUAAGAAAUUAAAAAUUAAACAUGAAUUUCAAUAAAAUAUUCUUAUUCGUCGCUCUCGUCGUAUUCGCUUUCAGUAUGGGAGCUGAAGCGGGAUGGCUUAAAAAAAUUGGCAAGAAAAUUGAAAGAGUUGGUCAACAUACCAGAGAUGCCACAAUUCAAACGAUUGGAGUUGCUCAACAGGCAGCAAAUGUUGCAGCGACUUUGAAAGGAUAAAGGAUAGAAAAUAACUUAAAAUUUUAAUUUAAGAAAAUUUUUUUAAGUUUUAAUAAUUAUUUAUUUAUU